AUGCUUGAGCCGGCGUCUCAGAGGCACGGUUUGCAGGAUUCAGCAAUAAGUUCGAUACCGUACUCUCGUCUGGCCCCUCAACGAGACACGUUGGUUGAUCGGCAAGUCUCCGAAGAUGAGCGUUUCGCUCGACAGUUGGCUGCUCAACUUGUGAGUUUUGGUCUUAUUUUUUUUUUUGAUUUUUUUGUUUAGGAAAUUAUUAUAUUACUACAAUAAUUCUGUCAUUCUGUAAAUGUAUCUAAUAAUAAAAACUGUCAUUUGCAGGCUCAAGAAGAGGAAGAGAUCCGAAACAACGACUAUCUGGAAACAAACACGACAAACGGAGAAGGUAAGAUUUUAACCGAAGUAUUUUAUUUUUUUUAUCAACUUAGAUUCAUUGUUUUCGAGUUUGUAUUCAACCUUAAUUCGAUAUUUCAGAUUCUGAAUGUGGAAUCUGCUUUGAUAUGACGGCCACCUCAGUGUCGUGCAAAGGCUGCAAACAAACGAUUGGUUGUGAGCCCUGUGUCCGAAACUGGAUAGGAAAAAACCUUAACUUCGGAUGCGUAAACUUUUGCAUGGAACCCGAUAUGAAUUUUGUUUUGAAUCGGGGGAAUUAUAAUAAAAAGAAACCCCCCAUCGUUUUUAUAACCUCCCAAAAAAACGCCAGGUCAAUUCCUUCUUUUUUUGGCGAGGAAAGGAGAUCUUAUUUUCCCUGCGAUAAAAGCCAAUCUAAUCGAUUGUCCCUUCUGUUCCAAAUAAACCUAACGAAUUUAGUUGCGUUUUAUUCUGUAUAAUAUUCGAAAGCCGUUGGAUUCCUGGAACAAAAAACAAUAGUCUCAAGAAGCGUUCGAUUCUCGCUCUUAUUUUAAUAUUUCUCCCUGCAACCAGCGGUUAAUUUCAAUUUUUGUAAAAUUUCCACCUUUAUUUGAUAAACUAGGCGAACCUUGUGCGUUUUCGCACCUGAAAUUUGAGUUUUUCAAAGGUUACGUAACAAACAAAGUCUCGAACUGCACUGUGCUACACUAAGGUACAGCUGAACUGUCGCCGAAAUCUCAAAAAUUGCCAUAUUUUGGAUGAAAUCAUCCUGCUCCCAGUUUGGUCAACUCUCUCCCUGAUGGGAAUGAUUUUUUUUCUCUCGAGAAAAAAAUAUUUGUUUUUUUUUGACGUUGAGGAGGGUUGAUUUCUAGAUAUUAUAGAUGAGAAAACUGAGAAAAUUAGAUAUUUUUUACUGGAAUUUGGUAUGCAAAAAUUUCGGAGGUAGCUACCGAUAGAAAACCGAUUUACCUCUCGAAAUUCAUGCGAAUCUGGCAAAAAAAUUUGACCAUAACCUAGAUUCUCAUUCCGAUUUCGUUUUUCAACUUUCGAAAAUAAUUUCUCUUCUCUUUACAGGCUGUAAAUACUCCAGGAACUUGAAAAUGGCCACGGCAUGCAACGAAUGGGUCAGAAUUGUUGGAGAAAACGGGGAAUUGAAAUACGCUCAAGAUGGCUUCAUCUACUCCUUUCACAAUGAAGUUAGACCUCGUCCCGGGUUCGAUUAUGCCUGCCUGUAUCAAUGCGAAGAGCCCAGUUGUUUCAUCAAAAUUCGGGUCGACGAAGUUGGUGGGCACGAUGAGGUUCAAAAAGCCGACAUGCUGCGAAGGGUAAGGAAAUUUAGAGGAAUCCUAGUUGUACAUACAAUCUAAUCGAGCCUGUUACCCCUCUUAUUUCAGGCCUUUCAUCCCCAUCCACCUGACUACGAUGAAGUCGCGUAUCAACUUGAUUAUGCAGAUUAUAACCCCAGACACAACCGAAACAGCCGGGGCUCCCAAUCGCAACGACCCAGGCGACGGAGGAAUAAUCGAGAAAGGUCCCGGAACUACGAUAUACCGGUCGGAACCGAAAGUAAUAUCAAUAUAGAGCUUGCAGACCUGGCGUUGCGGCUGGAGCUGACAAAUUUUAACGUCGAGGAUCAGCAUGCUGAAGGAUAUCCGCUGUCAACAUACCAGCGAUUCUUAGAGGGUCUGGAGUAUCAAAGAAGACAACGACAACACGAGCGGCAGAUCAGAGAAGACGAAGAAUAUGCGCGACAAUUGUCAAAUCAAUGGGUAGGUUCUCUGCAUGACUAAGAGUUUGUGCACAGUCAAACCGUAUUUCAAGAGUUCAGAAAAACACCUCUUCGUAUAUAGAUUCUGUUUUAAAAACUGUUUGCUUAUCUAUUACCUAUUAUUUAGGCCGCAGAGAACCCAGCGAGCUCUCAACCAUCCCUCCGAAAUCACUAUUCGAAUUCAAGGCAGUCUUCAUCGUCGUCUAACAGCUCAACAGCCACUGGUAGCCAAAUUUCAUCACUCCCUCUACGAGUAAGAGGUCCGUCAACGUUAAUCGUGGAGCGCGUGGAUCGUCCACAUCAAUCAAGUAAGCCAAAAUUUUAGGCAGUCCCUUCGUUUUCCAAUGGCCACAAAAUGAACCAUUUUGCAUGUGGGAAUUAUGAAAAAAUGUGGCAAAAUGCCUCCCUUUCCAACUAAAAAAACUCGGUUUUGAAGAGCGCGCGGCACGCGUUUUUAAAUCGGAGUUUUUCACUUGAAGAUGGAGGUAUUUUGCUACAUUUUUUGAUACUUUCCGGAUGCAAAAUGUUACGUUUUUUUGCCACUGGAUCAGGUCCGCCACUGUUAGUCUACCCAAAAACUAAGAACCCUUCAGCCGCUGAAUGCACCAUAUGCUUCGAGAAGGUUCAAAACGAAGUGAAAUGUUAUGAAUGCGAGCAGAUUAUUGGAUGCAGAGCCUGCGUGGACACGUGGAUUCAAUCUCAACGAACACUGUAUCAAAGUCCGUCGUGCCCGCUGUGUCGCGGUGACAUGAAUCGGCCAACACCUCCUACACAUUUUAUUGGUUUUAUUAGCUGUUAG